CUUGCAUUGUGCUGCGGGCCUAUCCAACCCGAUAAACAUCAUCCCCCACCCGCAGACUCACCCAUAUAUCUUCCUUCAAAUUCCACCAUCUAAUUUGAAAUCUGAAACCCCACCUUGAAAUCCAUUCAGAAAAUGGGUCUGUUCCUUGGCAAAAUACUCGUCGAAACCCCGAAAUACGACGUGAUUCAGUCCGCCGCGGAGUACGAAAUCCGCAAGUACCCGGCAUCGGUGAUAGCAGAGGUCACGUACGACCCGACCCGGUUCAAAGGCAACAAGGACGGCGGCUUCACCCUGCUCGCCAGCUACAUCGGCGCGUUCGGCAGCCCGCAGAACGAGAAGCCGGAGAAGAUCGAGAUGACGGCGCCGGUGAUCACCAAGGAGUCCGAGAAGAUCGAGAUGACGGCGCCGGUCGUGACCAAGGACGGCGGAGAGGGGAAGUCCGUGACGAUGCAGUUUAUUCUGCCGGCCAAGUACACGAGGGCGGAGGAGGCGCCGAAGCCGCUGGACGAGCGGGUGGUGAUCAGGGAGGAAGGGGAGAGGAAGUUCGCGGUGGUGAGAUUCAGCGGGAGAACAACGGAUAGCGUGGUGAAGGAGAAGGUUGAGAGCUUGAAGAAGUGUUUGGAGAGGGAUGGGUAUAGAGUAAUUGGGGAUUUUGAGCUGGCAAGGUAUAAUCCGCCAUGGACGCUGCCUCCUCUGAGGACGAACGAAAUCAUGAUUCCGGUGGCCGUGGAAUGAAAACCGACCGGGCUGGGUUCCUGCUUGGUUGUAAUUGUGAUUUUCGAUUUCCGUCCUUCGUCCUCGGUGUUUUUAUCCUUUUGUAUUUUACAAUGUAAUUCCAGUUUUAUGCAUUUUCCUGGCUUGGAUUAAUGCUGUAGUUUGUUAUAUUUGUGUGUAAAUCAUGCUAUGAACUUAAUAAGUGAAUAAUACAAGUAUUAAUCAUACAAAGAAAAAAUCAUGUCAAGGGCAUUUUCUUUGCAAAUUAUUUUAAACUUGUAACAAACUCUGAUCAUUAGGGCAUCACCAUCCAUAAGAUUAUUAAGUGAUUAUUCUAGUGACGUGG